AUGCUUUGGGGUUUCAGUGAAGCAUUAGAUUUCUACGAAGAAUAUACAAAAAAUGUGACAAUUGACACUGAGCCACCGUCUCAAUUGAAUAUUUUGUUGUUUGGGAGUUCGGAUCCACGACACAUCAUAAAAACACUGGCAAAAAGUUAUAAGCAUGGAACAAAAUUGCAUUUCUAUGUGCUUGAAGGAUGUCCAGCUCUGGUUGCACGGCAAAUCAUUUUGUUGUCGAUUACUUUGGAGCCAUCACACCUAUUGACACUACCGCAUCGAACGCAUUUAUUCAUGGACAUUUAUGGGAAUACAUUGAUUCGUUCAACAUCAAUGGGCUAUAUGGAGAGCAAAGUGAAUCAUUUGAUAAAAUGUGUCACCGAUUUGGAGUUCAAUGUGAAAAUGCAGCCGAUAUUCGAUUUGACCCACUUAAAGUUUAUCGAACGUGAUUGUUUAGAGAGUGUGUUUAGUUUUUGGCGUGAACGUGAUACAAAUCCAUUCGACAUUCGCACAUGUUGGAUACAACGGCUUCGGCAGACCCAUCGCGAUCGAUUCGAUGCGCGUCAAGGUGCCUACGAUUGGGAUCAUCAAAUGCGUCUGAAAGACAAUGGAGCCCAUCAGAUUUGUUCGCAAGAGUAUAAACAUUGGCGUGAAACGGGUGUCGCCUUCACAUUUCCGGAAUACCGUCAAUCGCAUGCAAAUAAAACCUUCGCAUUGCAACCUUCGAAAGCGAAUGCCGGCGAUUAUGUGGGUGACACAACAAUUGGGCCAUUUUGUGGUUUUGGCCUGUCGUGUCACGACCAAAAAUUGCUCAAAUCAAAUUAUGGUCAAAAUGAAUACCGAGCAACGGACAUUAGCGAAAGCAAUUUAAUAGAAUUAUUUUAUGAAAUUCAAGAACGAACGCCACCCAAUCCGGAUACGUUGGCAUUGCACAAGCUCGGAAUGACAAAAAUCGACACUGGCAAAUCAUUCGGCGGUGCGACCGCUGACAAAACGGCUACUCAAUUCAACGAAAAGACUGAUCUAAAGAAAUUCAACGAACCGUUGAUGUCGACGAACCAAGUCACAGUUUCAUUUUUGCCGAUGAGCGACGCUCAGUCAUUGGUCGAUGGUAAUAAAUUUAUUAAAAAAUUUGACGCAGUUUUUGUCGGCCGAAAUUAUUUUCCAAUUGUGAAAAAAGAUUUUUCCAAUGUGUUCCAAUCGAAUGCGUUGAUUUUGUUUGAAACGGCUCAGAUGUCGACACAAAGAAAACCAGAAAUUGCGGAAUUUUUAAUGAAAAUCCGAGAUAUGGCCAAGACAAUGAAUUUGACACCAAUCACCAAUUUUAACAUCAACUUACCUCUGGCGGUGGCCAAAUUUUCAAAACGAGUCACUUCCAGUUUGUUGGAUCAACAACAAUAGACACUCGAAUAAACGUUCGGAAGUUAAAAAGAAGGAAAUAACCAAAGCCCUCAGUAAAUGUAAGAUCAAAACAAAGCAGCAAUGAAACCAUAGAUGGA